AUGUGCAGGGCUCCGAGCUGCAAAGACAUCGGACAACAGCACGAUCGGGUCACCAAGCGCCGAGCUAUGAUGUUCUUCGAAUUCGUAUCCGGUCUCGACCAUUCCUUCCACAUCAUGAGCGAAGCGACGCAGGACAACUGGCGCCACAUCCUUGAGGAUAUCGAAAAUCUUGUCAAGAUGUUCACGUACGCCGAUGAGCAGCAGGAUGCAGCGGCCAAGAAGGAAGCCAAGAAGCAGAGGCGCAUAGCACAGAUGGAACUGGCCUUUGGUAUCAUCACAGCAGUUUUCGGGUUACUUGGUGCAGGCAUGAACGUUCUGAAUUAUGAGACCACCAACACUGCGAACGUCCUGAAUCGCUUCCUUUGGGGGCAGAGGUCAGCGUCAUUUUGGCAGCGCUCGAUCAAUACAUUCACUACAUUGGCACGCAACAACGGCCGACUGAGUACCUGGAGAGCGCCUCAGAAACUCUUUAACGGCGAACUCAUCGGACCCUUGCAGAAGCAAUGGACGAUCGCCAGCGCGGCCUAUCUAGGUUUGCAAGGUCUAACGAAGGAGGUCGUCAAGGAGAUCAAUCACAAGAAGGACAUUAAAGGUUUUGAGAAGACUCUCAGCGCGGUAGAAGGCGAGCUGGCGCUACUCGACACUUCCGCCACCGAAGAGGCGCAGAAUGCGAUGCAAAUAAUCACCACAGGCGGUACCACUCGAGACGGACACAAUAUAGUGCACCUGUACAGGUCCUUGUUCUUCUAUGGUUCAAAUGUUGGAUUCCGAGCAUGGGCAUCUUUCAUGAUUGAGAUGAGAUCCUACGCAACGAUCGUCAACGCUUUAUGGAAGACAGAAGGCGUAUACAUCGUCGAGUCUUUGGUUAAAAGCGGGGACUGCGACAGCGACGACCGCGGGCCAGCAGACCUCAAAGUCUGCCUGCUCGAACGGCCCGAACGAUCAUACUGGGUUUAUGCCAUCUCAAACUACGACGACAAGAAGUUACGGGCCCCUCCAGGGUUGGAAUACCUCAACACAACGCACCCAUUCCACGGGAUCUGGCUCCAAGACGUCGUCCGAUCUUCCCUUUGGUGGGUUGAAGUACACAGACCUAGCUCAUUGCAACCGGAGUGGGUGCAUGACGCAUCGUCAUCAUCUGAUUCUGACACCGACACCGACUCUGACUCUGACUUUGACGAGUACGCUAUUCCAGCCAUCAACAUCACUUCCUCUGCCGGAAAUACCACGUACCUUGACGACUACGGGAAUGUGCCAGGCACGUUUCGCAUACCCAUCUGCCACAGCUGGAACGGUGAGGCCAUCUCGAGUAUCAAGAGUAAGCACAAGGUCAACGGACCGUGUCUCUGCGAUGCCAUGAACCCUCAGGUGGGUAGCUUCUGGGAACAAGCAAACAAUUGGACUACAGCAGCCACGAAGUUCUUUGUAAAAGAAGGUGGCUUCUUCAACUUCAACAACUAUGGGAAGAUCUGUGGAGGCAAGUGUGACCAUGUGGGUAGCUGGGCGUCCCUACUAGGCCUUGGUAAAGACGACAAGCCAGCAAAGCACAUGAAGAAGGCUUGGGGUCGCCAUUGUCAUGCCAAGGGGUGGAAGCACUGGCCACUGGGACCGGCACAGUUGGUAGACCCAGACUCUACAACCUCAUCGAGCGCACCAGCGGCUUCGGGUACGCCUGACGACCCAGACGUAGCCCCAGAGCCGCCGUUCCAACCGACCCCCACCCGAGAUCCUAUCGUCCAAGCUACGACCCAGCUGCUCACUCACGAGACACGCUACCCGAAGAACACCCCCAAGAACAUCACGCGACAAGGUGACUGCAACGGGCCAUACUGUAUCGUCGACGCCGUCUACCAGAUCACAGAGCAACACUACGAAUACACGGUCGACGCUUCAGUGCGACCUAACGACCAAGGUUGCUUCCUUGGCGACCUGUGGUGUUUUGAGCAGUCCGCCCACGACCUCUGCGAACAGUUCGACGAUGAAGAUGAGAUGGCAGCCGAAGCCGAAGCCGAAGCGAAUGGAGAAGAGGAAGAGGAGGUCGGCUCAGACGAGGACGAGUAUGCGGACUUUAUCCAGGACGACGAGACUCCCAAUGGCGACGGCACUCCUGGUGGCAACAGCACUUCAGACGGCACCAACGAUCCCGAACGUACCGCCAUUCCGAACGGCGACAAGAAUGCAAACGACCCGAAGAAGGACCCUGCAUCCGAGAAGAGCGAAGGUGAGAAGGCACUUGAAGCAGAGACCGACUUGGCCAACAGACGAGCGGCGUGUUUCUGCCCUGGAGUCAACGGUACAGAGGGACAACCCGGUAUCAACUGCUCUGCCGGCAAGAUCACCACAAAGACAACCACGAUCAAAGGCCGCAUGAAGCAAACAGUCACCCCCCUGAAGCCGUUUUCUAGCAAACCGACGGCUUCCGGGGGAGCCGGUGGAGCUGCAGGUAAAGCUGCAAGUGGAGCUGCAAGCGGAAGCGGAAGUCAAGUCAUUCACUGGGCCACCGUCACGGUAGAGGAGAAGCGAGAUAUACUGGCUGAAGUGUUGAGUCUGGCUCCGCCUACGGAAGUGCCGAGUCUUGCUAUGCCCGUGGAGGUGCCGAGUGUGACUACCCCUAUGGCGGCGCCUGUGUUUCUGACUGGUAGCUUCUCUUCAUUCGCUGCGUUCCCGACACUGGGUAUGGCCUAA